UCAACAUCUGCAUCAGCAUCCUCGGUAUAAUCGGCAGCACGGCAUCACGACGUCCGCAACGACCCCAGACCUACCCUCGGCGACGCGGACUCGGUAACACGGCUUCCGCACGUCGGCUAGUGCUCGCGCGCUCGGGUAAUCGACAGCGACAACAGCUACCUCGACCUCGACCUCAACACUCAGCAUAGACAACACUAGACACACCAUCACACCCUCACAAUGGCAUCCGUCGUGGUCGAGCAGGAGGCGCUGGACGAGCAUCCGAACCAGAUGCACCCGGCGCACGAGAUUGGCUUGAAGAUGUUGCUUGCUGGCUGCGCAAACGCCACCUCUGCGAUGGUGACCAACCCCGCCGACCUGGUAAAGGUCCGGCAGCAGCUGUUCGUCAAGGCCGGCAGUGGGCGGUCACCUGGGUUUGUGCACACGCUCAUUGACAUGGUGCGCAAGGAGGGGUUCUUCAGCAUCUACAACGGCGUUUCGGCAUCCAUGAUCCGCGAACUAUCGUACUCGGGCAUCCGGAUGGGCUGCUACGACCAGUUCAAGUCCGGCAUCCUGUCCCUCUCGCCCAGCCUGGACCCGCACAGCGUCAUCGUCAAGCUCGGCGCAGGCCUCGGCUCGGGCUGCCUCGGCGCCGCGAUUGCCAACCCUGCCGACGUGCUCAAGGUGCGCCGGCAGGCCGUGGGCGGCGCCGCGCUCAGCUUGCGCGGGCACGCUAGGGCUGUUUAUGCCGAGCAGGGGUUCAAGGGGUUCUAUCGGGCUGUGGUGCCCACUGUUAUUCGGGCCGGCGUUCUCACGUCGUCUCAGCUCGGAUCCUACGACGUUGCCAAGCACUUCCUGCGGACGCACUACCCAACGACGUUCCCCGAGGGCCUCUUCACCCACCUCGUCUGCUCCGGGUUUGCCGGCUUCGCUUGCUCUGUGACCUCUGCGCCAAUCGACACGGUCAAGGUGCGCAUGAUGAACGACGCGACGAAGCAGUACUCUUCGUCGCUCGAGUGCGCUGCCAAGAUGCUGCGGUACGAGGGCCCAAUGGCCUUCUACAAGGGCUUCAUUGGCUGCUGGACGCGGCUGUGGCCGCACACGGUCAUCUCGCUUGUCAUCUUUGAGAAGCUGCGGGCGUUUGCGGGCCUCAACCCGAUCUAGGAGGCGGAUGUUGAGCGGGGCGGCGCGCGCGGUGCGGACGCGCGCAGCAUGCUUGUUGUACAUUGGAGACGAUGCAGAAGCGAAGAUAGGCCCGAGA